AUGAGGAUCAACCGCAACGCCGUAUUGGUGGGCCGUAGGUCUGUGCUGGUGCCAUAUCGCAAGCAGCACGUACCGCGCUAUCAUGAGUGGAUGAAAGAUCCGCUCAUCCAGGAACAGACCGCCUCGGAGCCACUCUCCCUCGAGCAAGAGUACGAGAUGCAGCAGUCAUGGGCCGUGGACGAGGACAAGCUCACGUUCAUCAUUCUCGCACGCCCCGACACUGGCUCGAACGGAAACGAAGACAAAGAUACGAUCGAUCUUCUGCCCAAUUGCACCAUGGUUGGCGACGUCAAUAUCUUUCUGAAUGCGCGGCAUGAAUAUGACGAUGAAGACGAAGAACAAGCACGCAAAGACUCUUCUUCCCAACCAGCAGACAUUUACGAUGCCGAGUGUGAGAUCAUGAUUGCAGAGCACGGCUAUCGUCGCAAGGGAAUCGCACGCGAAGCGCUCAAGAUGAUGUUCGAGUAUGUCACCGCUGCACCAACGCCGACCGCCGAAUCUGGCAAGAUGCCUCAAGUCGACAAGCCGAGCUCGCACUGCAGCCUGCCUAUUCCGCCAGAAUGGCUCACAUGCAAGAUCUCUCUGACCAACCAAGCCUCUAUCCGGCUAUUCGAGUCGCUCGGCUUCCCCCGCCAAUCCGUCAGCGAGGUGUGGCAAGAGGUCGAGAUGCGCCUCACCGACAACUCUCGCGCUCUUCCUCGUCAGGACGGCGGCACCUCAUCCACUUCCAGCUCGUCUAUCCUGCAGGUACUGUUCUGGCAAGACGAGUAG